AUGAGCUCUGAAUCCAAAAAUUUAUUAAGCGCGAGCAGACCUUCGUUCCGAGUAGAAAGUCCAUCUGUGAGUUGCGAAUCCGAACCAACAGUUAACCCCAAAUCCAUAGAUAUCAAACUUCGAACGUUCGUGGGAGAAACAAGUGUGAUCCUAGAAAGACGAGCUCUGAUUGUUCAUAGGUUGUCAAUUCCUGAUCGUUCGCAGAUCGGAACACCAAUCCCUCUGUCCCGACUCAGAUCCCACGCACCGCUGCCCUUAACCUUCUCCUUCAAAACGAAAGAAACGCUCGAUGAUUCUUCCACUACCGGUGGUCCCACCUCCGAAUCACUUGAGAUUGAAAUUUUUGAGGUCCGACCCUCGCAUGUACGUUUGCGUAAUCAGAGUGGCAAAGGGAAGAAAGUCGACCCAUGGAAGAGCAUGAAGUCCGAGAAUAAAUCCGAUGGGAGUUCAGGAUCUGGGGCAAACAUGUACCUCCCACUAUUGCCUUCAAAGGAUCUGAAUUCAGGUUGA